CUGUGCUCAUUCUCUUUGUUCCCUCUGUAUCCCUAAGGAACAAGGUUUGAUAGAUCAGCCUAUUCACCUUAGUCAUAAAAUAAAGUUAUAUUGAGUUUUAUAGGUAGGUAGGUAUGUAAAUUAUUCUCUACAUGUUUCAUAUUCAAUGCAUUUGGAUCCCAACCCUCUCAUAAAACUAAAACCAUUUGUUUAAUGGAUUUUGCAAAUAUGGCCGAAACAGCAAUCAUUAUAAUAUUUGCAAUGAAAGAGGGCAAUGUGGCAGCAAGAGGAGGCAAUGUUGGUGAUGACUAAUGAGCCAACACAAGCAAAACAAGACAGGUAGCACAAUUGCAUGACAUCACAUUAUAAUAUAAUAACAAAAGGGUAUGUCAGAGAUGUGACAAGCUUCACAUAUUCCAAGGGAAUUCAUGUAUGGACCACAUGAAUGAUUCUCACUCUGUGAUUGGGAGAUCAUUGAUGAGCUGUGUGUGAUGCCUAUAGAAACCAAUCAUCAAUAGCUUCUCUUAUAUAUAGAGAGAGUCAAGGACUUGGUACCAACACAUCAGCAUUCACAGCUCUCUUUCAGAAACAAUAAUCACCAAAAAAGAGAAAGAAAGAAAACAGAAAACAAUGGCAAGCAAUCUUCAUGUUCGUUCAAACAGUUUGCCAUCUGCAUCUCAUCCAUCCUCCACAAGGGUUCAAGAGGAGCUCAACAAGGUCAAGACUUUUGAAGCAACAUCCACAUCUGCAUCUGCAUUUGGAUUGUCCUUGUUAGAAAAUCUAUACAUUUCCUUGGACGAUAUUCUCAGUGUUUCUUCCACCCAAAAGGCUAUAUUUCAUCAUCAAGGUGAAGAGAUAUUGGAUGGCUCUUUGAGACUUUUGGAUAUAUGUGGAAUCACAAGGGACACAGUGAUGCAGAUCAAGGAAAAUGUACAAUCACUUCACUCUGCUCUCAGAAGGAGAAAGGCAGAUUCAAAUAUUGAAAAGAUUAUAGCAGAAUACAAUUCAUUCUCAAAGAAGAUGAAGAAAAAUAUCAAGAAGUUGAUCACAUCUUUGAAGCAAUUAGAAAGCAAGUUUUGUGCUUCCUCACUCCUGAAUGAAGAAGUGAUUAGUGUUGUAAGGGAAGUGAUUGUGAUGAACAUGUCUGUCUUUCAAUCCCUUCUCUCAUUCUUGGCUGGUCCUCCUUCAAAAUUAAAGGCAACUAAAUGGAUGAACAAGUUGAUGCAUAAGGGAGAAGUGAGCUCAAAGAAUUCCAAUGAGCUGCAGUGUGUUGAUGAAGCAUUGAACACCAUUUUAAAUGAAGGUGCUAAUGGUUCCAACAUGCAAGUAGCACAUGGAAGAUUGGAUGCUCUGGAAGAUGCCAUUGAAAGCAUUGAAAUUGCUUUGGAGAACUUAUUUAGGCGCUUGGUAAAAACCAGAGCCUCUCUUUUAAACAUUAUGACUCAGUAGAGUCUACUCACUUAUUCUUAUCUCUCUCUAAAUCCUACAAAAGCAUCCCAAUUUUAAGGAUCUCUUGAGGGUUGAAAAUUUUGAUCUCUUUGAUUUGUACAUGUAUAAAAUUCUAUGGUUACAUAAUCAAAUACAAAAGAAAAUUCACAUUUCA